AUGGACGCGGAGUUGGAGGCAAACAUCCAACAGGCGCUGCCGAGCGCGCUCAAGAUGGCGCUGUACGCAGCCAAGAAGCAGCACCUGGACCUGCUUAAAUACACUAUCGAGGGCGCGGACUCACUGUGCAACAAUGCGGUGUUUCUCAAAGACCUGGAGGACCAGGAACAUCUACAGCAAUUGGGCGAGACAGCAAAGGGCUUCGCCGUGCUUCAGACACAGCUCACACGCUACAAGACACAGCUGGAAAAGCUGGAACCGCUUGUGGAAAGUGGAAGACUUGACCAGAAGAAGAUCGACAAGGUGCUCAAUGACGCACUGGUCACGCCUCGCGUCAACGUCACCAAACACGACUUCUACAAGAAAUUUUGCGACCGUGCAGGGAUUGAGCUGGCGGCGGAUGGAGAUGACGACGUAUUUAUUCAGGAGAGCGAGAGCGUCAGGAGCACGAUUUGUCCUGUGACGCAGAUGGAGAUGGAUGACCCUUUGCGAAAUCCGGGCUGUGGUCACACGUACUCGAAGAAGGGUAUUCAGGCCCACUUGCAGCGCAGCAAGAAAUGCCCUGUUGCAGGCUGUCCACAGAAGCUGUCGUUCAACAAUUUGGAGCGCGACGUCGAGAUGGAAGUUAUCAUUGCUCGCAGCCACCAAGCAUCCGAGCAGCAACGAUCCCAGGCUGUUGCUGCCGCGGAUGAGGACGAAGAAGACGAAGAAGAAUAUGUCGUUGAGUAG